AUGCCAUCACUACGAACACCCAAAGGAACCGUAGACUUUCAUCCGCACGAUUCUAAGCUCAUCGAUUCCAUUCUCUCGAUUUGCAAAAGACAUUUUAACCUCCACGGUGCACGCUCGAUUGACACGCCAACGUUUGAAUUGCUGUCUACGCUCACGAACAAGUAUGGCGAGGAGUCAAAACUGAUAUUUGAGCUGUCCGAUCAGGGUGGUGACGUAUGUGCACUGCGGUACGAUCUGACCGUUCCGUUUGCACGUUAUUUGGCACAGCAUCGGGUCAUGAAAAUGAGGAGGUACCAGAUUGGCAAGGUGUUCAGGCGGGACCAGCCCGCCAUAACGAAGGGCCGCUACCGCGAGUUUUACCAAUGCGACUUUGAUAUCUGCGGAAAGUACGUACCUCUGCUUGCCGAUGCGGAGGUGAUAAAAAUUGCGGUUGACAUCCUGAAGGAGUUCAAGAUCGGUGAAUGUGUUGUACGACUGAAUCACAGACGGCUCUUGGAGGCGUUGUUCAUGAAGGUAGGCAUAGAGAGUGAGAAAAUGAAUGCGAUAUGCUCAGCCAUUGAUAAAUUGGACAAGAUGAAAUUUAAGGAGGUGAGGAGUGAAAUGAUAGCAAAGGGGUGCACAUUGGAGCAGACGAGGGAAAUUGAAGAGUUGGUGGGAAUAACAGAUCUGGAGGAGGUGAGGAGAAGAUUUAAUGAAAUAAAUGGGGCAUACGAACAGAUGAGGGACUGUGUUGAGGAUAAGAGGAGCGAUUGUGAAAUAACACAGAAUCAGAAAAACAGCAAAGAUAGCGAACACGAAAUUGAUGAGAAAAGGGACACAUGUAGUGCUGUGCACGGUGCGGUGGCUAAAGAGAGCGAAACCGUUCGAUACGUACAAAUCGCGAACAAGGCAAUUGAUGAAAUCAAAGCGCUCAUGGAGUUCUUAAAAACGUUCAAAGUGCACGAAAACAUUCGCUUUGAUUUUACCCUGGCCCGUGGAUUGGACUACUACACCGGUAUUGUGUUCGAGGGAUGUUACACGUCCUAUCCUGAUGUAGGAUCGGUGGUGGGCGGAGGGCGGUACGACAACCUUGUCAAGCGGUUCUGCAAAAACGAUGUGCCGUGCGUGGGGAUGAGCGUGGGAGUGCUGCGCAUCUUCUCGAUCCUCAGAGAGCGUGAGACACGCGCAUGCGAUACGCAGGUGUAUGUCAUGUGUGCGAGAACAUCAUGUCUGGCGGAGCGGAUGGAGCUGGUGAAUGAGUUGUGGGAGAACGGCAUUGAAGCAGAGAUGAACAUGGGAACGAGGAGCGAUGUGUACGAGCAGAGGGAGUAUGCACGUAAGAGCGGUAUACGUGUGAUUGUCACCGUGGGUGGCGAUGAAAUGAGCAGAGGAGGGGUGAGCAUGUGGACUGAGGAGGGAGAGCAGGAAGUGAAGAGAGAGGAUGUGAUUGCGCACAUCAUACGUGCACUAGAAAGAAGAUAAUUGAGCGGUACUGCUCGUGCAUGCCUGGACUGCUCGUGAUCGGUAUUUCUCCGAGGAUGAGUUCUUCAUUAAAACUUUCUUUGACAA